GUAGCUCCGCCGCACUUGCUUUUCGCAUCUUAAAUAACAGUCUGCAUUAGCUGGCUAGCUAGCUAGUGUUUGUGUUUUGCCUGGGAAGUUGGAGAAACUGCGACCGGUUUAUAAAUUAGACAAGACAAAGUAGACCAGUGGCCACACGCUACAAUGGCCUUGCAGGGGCAGGAGGAAAUUGAGGAGCAGAUCGAGGAACCUGAAGAUUUUCACGAGCAGGAUGUCAGCAUCUCCCCGGCGGAGGAACUGUCCAUCGGGCCCGAAGAGGAGGAUUCAGACCCUGUACUGUUGCCCUGGGAUCGGUUCUCAGCCUGGCUGCACUGCAUUUGUGUCGUUGGCUUUGACCUAGAACUUGGACAAGCAGUAGAGGUCAUUUACCCGCACCAUUCCAAGCUCAACGAGAAAGAGAAAACGAGUAUUUGUUACCUGUCCUUCCCCGACUCAAAUUCAGGUUGCCUGGGAGACACGCAGUUCUGCUUCCGCUUCCGUCAGGCGUCCAGCAGGAAGUCCUCGCUGGGCUGCUUCCUGGACCACUUCGACCGGGACGCCCCUGUCUGCCUGAAGAGAGACCAGGGCCAUUACUACGGUUACGUCUACUUCAGACAGGUGCGGGACAAGUCCCUCAAGAGGGGCUACUUCCAGAAGUCCCUGGUUCUGAUCAGCAAGCUGCCCUACGUCACCUUCUUCCACUCCCUGCUGAAGCUGGUGGCUCCGGAGUACUUUGAGAAGCAGGAGCCCUGCCUGGAGGCCGCUUGCAACGACAUCGACCGCUGGUCUACGCCGUAUCCGGGCAAGAUUCUGACCCUGCCCAUAAUGGGCGUGGUAAUGAAGGUUCGGAUUCCUGCCUGUUACGACAAGCCGGGCACCUCUCAGCUCGUGCAGUCCGCGCAGAAUGACUCCCUGGUCUCCAUCGUUCUCCCCACCAUCCACGAGGUGGACCUCUUCAGGUGUUUCUGCCCGGUCUUCUUCCACAUUCAGAUGUUGUGGGAGUUGGUGUUGCUAGGGGAGGCGCUGGUUGUCAUGGCGCCGUCGCCCGCAGAGUCGUCAGACACGGUGCUGGCGUUGGUCAGCUGCGUCGCCCCGCUGAGAUACUGCAGUGACUUCCGGCCCUACUUCACCAUCCACGACAGUGAAUUUAAGGAGUACACCACCCGCACUCAGGCCCCGCCCUCGGUCAUCCUGGGGGUGACGAACCCCUUCUUUGCGAAGACUCUGCAGCACUGGCCUCACAUCAUCCGCAUUGGGGAUAUGAAGCAAGCAGGGGAAAUGGCCAAACAGAUGAAGGUUAAGAAACUGAAGAAUCUGAAGACCUUGGACUCUAAGCCUGGUGUGUACAGCGCCUACAAGCCCUUCCUGAACAAAGACGAGGACAUCAUCAAACAGCUUCAGAAAGGUAUCCAACAGAAGCGACCUUCCGCGGCCCAGAAUGCAAUUUUGCGGCGUUACUUCCUGGAGCUGACCCAGAGCUUCAUCAUUCCACUGGAGCGCUAUGUGGCCAGUCUCAUGCCUCUGCAGAAGUCCAUCUCCCCCUGGAAGAGUCCCCCCCAGCUGCGGCCCUUCAGUCAGGAGGAGUUCAUGAGGAGCCUGGAGAAGGCGGGGCCCCAGCUCACCUCGCGGCUCAAAGGAGACUGGAUCGGCCUGUACAGGCAGUUCCUGAGGAGCCCGAACUUUGACGGCUGGUUCAGGACCCGCAGGAAGGAGAUGACCCAGAAGCUGGAGGCGCUGCACCUGGAGGCCCUGUGUGAGGAGGACCUGCAGCAGCGCAUACAGAAGCACACGGAGGUGGAGAUGGUGGACCUGGUGCUGAAGCUGAAGGAUAAGCUGGCCCAGGCGGAGCGGGAGCGGUUGCCGGUCCAGCCCGGCACGCUGGCCAAGCUGCAGACCCACAUGGAGCGUGUGAUCCUCUCACUGCCGGAGGACCUGCAGGGCAUCCUGCACAAACCAGCCACACCCUGACCCCUGACCCCUGACCCGCGCUCAAAGGGCACGCACACAGAGGGCACGGAGCAAGCCGUCGGCACAGUGACUCUUCCACACUUGAGUAGUGGAUUUUUAAAUCUUUAAUUUUUAUUUUUAUUAUCAAUUUAUUUUUUAUUUUUUUUUAACAUCAAGUGCACUUGUACCCGAAGACCUGUGUGCCCGAGUGCGCAGUGCUGGCAUUGCCAGAAUCAAUAAUGUACACAAACAAUCACUGAACCAGAAGAGCCAGGCGUGGCUGCACUAUGAAGGGUGCAGCGGGGUGGGGGGGUCAACAGCAUCCCUCCCCGGGCCAGCCCAUGCACAGCAGCUCUCUCCCUCUCCCUCCCUCUCCCUCUCUCUCCCUCCCUCUCCCUCCCUCUCCCUCCCUCUCCCUCCCUC